UGCACACCCUUUUAUCAGGGGUGGGAGCUGCAGGUCCUGGGGCAGCAGAGCAGUGAGCAGAGGCAGUGUGAAUGCGAGUGUGCCCCUGUCUGUGUGUGAGUGUGUGUGCGUGUGUGUGUGUUCGCGUGGCCUCCCAGCAGCUGUCCCGGCCCACACCCACUGCACCCGCCUGCGCACCGCCCCCGCCCCUUGCCGUGCUGGGUGCUCUGUGGGGCUGCUGUGCUGGGCGCGUCCUCAGCUCCAGGAGACCCCCGGAGCGCCGGGUUCAAAGGCCCCGCGAGCAGCUCCAGCCCUCUGGGGGGCGGGGAGGCGAGGGGGUGGUGCGGGAGCCAGAAAAGCCCGAGCCCACAGCGGCCGCCCUGCGCGGGGAUGGGCAGCGUGCUCUGAAGUCUGUGACCGCUGCAGCCAGCUCCUGGAGGGAGCGGGACCCAGCAAGUGGGAGGCCCUCCUCCAACCCCACAGCUGGAGGGUGAGGCCCGGGAGCCCUUCUGGGGCCACAGGAGAGCGUCCUCCAGGCCCGGUGCUCCCGCGCCUGAUCGGGGUUCAUGGAGCUGGAGCUGUGGCUACUCUUCGGGCUCACAGUGACCUCCGCUGCAGGAUUGGGGACUGGCACCCAGCCUGCAGCCAGAUCGGAGGGGGACAUCGAGACUGUGGCCAGGACUGCAGCGCAGGGCCCAAGUCCCUGGAGCCCUGGGCCAGAGCAGGGACCAGGUGGGUUCGGGGAGCAGGUGGCCAAGGAGGGCCCCGCACGCCGCCGAGCCCGACGCUGCACGUGUUUCACCUACAAGGACAAGGAAUGCGUCUACUAUUGCCACCUGGACAUCAUCUGGAUCAAUACCCCUGAACAGACGGUGCCCUAUGGACUGUCCAGCUACCGAGGACACGCCCGUAGCAGGAGGUCUGCGGCGCCGUUCCCGCAGAGCCCACAGCCCUCCAAGUGGGCGCUGCGCUGUGCGUGUGCGGCCAGCCCCGACCCUGCCUGCCAGCGUUUCUGCACCGGAACCCUGGCUGUCAGCAGGAAUUCCGGGGCCGAAGCAGAACUGGACCGAGGAGAGGCAGUGCUGGCCAGCGGGGUGGACAGAGGCCCGCAUCGGAGGAGAUAGGUUGAAAUCCAGGACAGACAGACAGAGUCGUCUUUAGGCCUCCACCAUCACAGGCUAACCACUCCACCUGCCACUCCGCCUGCUGCCUCUGGAGCCCGCCCAGGAGGCCUGCCCAGCCUGUGUUAGGAAGCCUCCGUUCCUGCCCCCACAUGGUUCACACUUCUGCCUCUUUCAGGCCAAAGAAUGAGUUCUGCCUGGGGGGGGGGGAGGAGGGGAGACACCACCCAGAGGGUCCUCACCUAAACAGCACACCCUUCCCCAGGAAUCCCCCAUCCAACAGCCCAGUUUUCCUUCUGGGGACAGUGAUUCCAGAUGUGCCAUGGGCCAGCACCCUCUGUGGCCUUCCUGCUGGGGAGGGUGUGGAGAGGUCUGGCACAUUGGAAAACUUCCGACUUGACUCCUUUUGGCGAGUCAGUAACUCCAAGGUAACCCUUUGCAGGUAAACACAAGUCCAUCUCGUAGCUGCUGCCGCACACUUGGAUCCCAAUGUAGAGCAGGGCGGAGCUGUGCGCGGCACCAGGAGGGGCGGCUGUGGAUGCAGUCCUAGCUGCACAGGACUCGAGGAGUUAGAGGCAUAUAAGACUUAGGCAGACAAGUUUAGCUGUGCUUGAAGAAGGAGGAGGAAAUGAAGAAGGAAAAGGAAAAAGAAGCCUUGAUGUUUGUGCCAAGGAGAGACCGGUUAGCUGGGAGGUUCCGCCAUGACCUUGUGUGGAGGAAGCUGCUGGAAAAGCUACCCCGGGUCAAGGCUGUUAAGUAAAUCCCAUGUUUGCUUUCAUGAAUAAAUGUGGGUCUUCAGGAAAUGGCUUCAAAAUAAGCCUUGAACACAAACUAUUUGUAAAUUAUGUAAAUUCCUAUUUAUCUGUAUGAUUGGGAACAACUAGGAAUUGUUACGUUUGCCCUCCCACACCCCAAGGGCCCCCCUCCCCCAUCUUGUUCAGCUGCGUGGUCCCAGCCAGGCUGAGGUGACUGUGUCUGAGCCUGUGGUUGGGGGGGAGCUCCUCCGGGGCCCAGGCCACCUGUCUCCCCUCCAAGGCAGACUGGCCUUGGGGUGUGUGCUGAGGUCUCGACAUGGGGGAGUUUAGGGUGAUGAAUGACAGCGUUGGCCUUGACCAGAUGUUAAUUCUCCCUGAGCACCCUAAGUUCUGACAGGUGUGAAGGUGAAUGUCUCCCCCCGGGACACGGAGGGCGGUUGCUGGAGAAGCAAUUAUUUAUUGUGAAGCUCUUCUCUCCUCCGAGUGCUUUAUGCGGCUGUUCAAAAGGAAGCUGCUCUGCAUAGAGAGAAUUUACAUUGUGUUCUGAACCCAAGCUCAUGUUUCUUGGAGUUUGAAUUACAUUUUUUAAAUGCAUCCUCACAGUUUGGCUCAGUGGCAAGACUAUCUCGGCGAGAAUUCCAUGCAUUGUGCUAAACUCACGAAAUACUGCCGAAUGCAUAAUAAAAAGGUCUCAAUGUUUCCUCAGA